GGCCGUGAGCGCGAGAGCUCGUGCGCCCGGCGCAGCCCGAGCCCCUCGUAGGCGGGCGCCGAGCGCGGGCUGCUGCGGCUCCGGUGCGCUGGCUGGGAGCCCGAGGCGCCGAGACCCAAAGGCAGGCGAGAUGCGGGCGCAGCUGGGGCGCGGGCAAAGGGAAAGCGAAAGCCGGGCUCCCCGCUGGUGACUGGGCGAAGGCGCCGCGCUGCCCUCCCGACGCCCGCAGCACCUGGGCCUGUCCUCCCGGGCCGAGCCCGGCGCGCAGCAGCCAUGGCCAUCGCCCACCUGGCCACCGAGUACGUGUUCUCCGACUUCUUGCUGAAGGAGCCGACCGAGCCCAAGUUCAGGGGGCUGCGGCUGGAGCUGGCCGUGGACAAGAUGGUCACAUGCAUCGCCGUGGGGCUGCCCUUGCUGCUCAUCUCGCUGGCCUUUGCGCAGGAGAUCUCAAUUGGUACGCAAAUAAGCUGCUUCUCCCCAAGUUCUUUCUCCUGGCGCCAGGCCGCCUUCGUGGACUCUUACUGCUGGGCAGCUGUUCAGCAGAAGGACUCGCUGCACAGCGCUUCUGGAAACCUGCCACUGUGGCUGCACAAGGUAAUGGGAGACACUUCCAAAUCUGACUUGUUUACUUUGUAUUACGCUACGGAAGCAAAGGCCAGGGAGGCUGUGCCAGCACAGAUACGUAUAGCCGACCAGGGCUGCAUCUCAGAUCGUAAAACGGUGGCACUUUAUAAAGUCAAAAGGAACCUCAGCGAUGACUUGGUGGAGGACCUUAGUGUAGCAGAUGGGGAAACUGAGAUUUUGUGGGAGAUAUCUGAAAGCCACUUCAAGUACCCAAUUGUGGAGCAAUACUUGAAGACAAAGAAAACCUCUAAUAACUUAAUCAUCAAGUACAUUAGCUGCCGGCUGCUGACACUCGUCAUUGUACUAUUGGCAUGUGUCUACCUGGGCUAUUACUUCAGCCUCUCCUCGCUCUCGGACGAAUUUGUCUGCAGCAUCAAAUCAGGGAUCCUGAAAAACGACAGCACCGUCCCUGAUCAGUUUCAGUGCAAGCUCAUCGCCGUGGGCAUCUUCCAGUUGCUCAGCUUCAUUAACCUCGUGGUGUAUGUGCUGCUGGUUCCUGUGGUUGUCUACACGCUGUUCGUUCCAUUCAGGCAGAAGACAGACGUCCUCAAAGUAUACGAAAUCCUGCCCACUUUCGAUGUUCUGCAUUUCAAGUCCGAAGGGUACAACGACUUGAGCCUCUACCAUCUUUUCAUGGAGGAGAAUAUAAGUGAGCUCAAGUCCUACAAGUGUCUCAAGGUACUGGAGAAUAUUAAAAGCAGUGGUCAGGGCAUCGACCCACUGCUACUCCUGACUAACCUUGGCAUGAUCAAGAUGGAUAUUGUGGAUGGCAAAACUCCCAUGUCUGCGGAGACGGUGGGAGAGGAGCAGGGGGACCAGAUGACAGAGCUCAAAGGUCUGAACAUACCGAGUGAAACUAUAGCAAAUAAUGGAGCGACGAAUGCACGGCAGAGACUUCUGGAUUCUUCUUGCUGAUGAUUUUUUUUUUUCCUUGAACUUCAAAUCUGUGACUUCUGCAACAUGGGAUUCACUUUGGCUAAAGCAUAAAGGACCUCCCUGUUGGGGUCACAGCUGAUUUGCAGUAAAUGGUUCUCGGUAGAGAGACGAAGCAUGUCUUGAUGAGUCCCUAACGAAAAGUGUUAUGGAAGAACGUCCAUAGUGUUAUGGACAUUCCAAGUGUUACGGCUUAUGGACGUCCCAGAGGACGGGACUUGGAGAUAGGUAACCCGUAGCAAGCAGGUGUGUGUAAGUCCUCAUCACAUGAAAAGUGGAGAGACCAGGAUGAGUAGUCAAGAGAAGUAGCCCUUUUGAGAGCCUCGGAGAAACAUCUUGCUGGACCCACGGUGCGAUGAGACCCAGGGCUGCUAGAGAGCAAGCACUUUGGGAGAUUUGUUUUGUUUUACAAAAUAAUAAGUACAACAGGACAUAAUUUAACAUCAAUCUCUUAUGUGCACUUAAUGACUGUUAGAUGAGAAAAGUAUUCACCGGCUAACUAAUGGCCCACAGGUCGACCUGUUCUUGCCUGUGUCCUAAAUUGGGUGUAAAUCUGGUGCCUUGGCUCUUGCACACUCAAGCUCUCUUUACACUUACCUGUCAGCUUGGCUACUGGAGGUCCCGUCACCACUGUUUGUUGCACUCCGCCCAUGCUCUGCUCUGACCGAAAACUUAGUUAAGGAGAUGGAAUAUCAAGGAUGUUCACAGCGGCUUCAAUUCAGGAAAGAAUGCUUCAAAAAGAGCCCAGCGGAGAGAUCUGAACUGACAGAAGUUAAUUUAGUCACUUUCAAAGAGGCGUCUACAGGGCGUUCCCCUGUUAUCAAAGGCAUUUCAAGCAGGAUUUUAGUUCAACGCAUUAAUGGAACACAGGAAUAUUUAAAGUAAAGGACACUUUGCCUGAUAUGAUAGAGCACAUGAGUGACAUUGGUGUGCUCCAUCCAUAUGGUGUGCUUGGCGCCAGAACAACUGAGAAGUUUAUUCUGUUUACAUUUAAGCACAGCUUUAAAAAUUCAUUUUAAUUUAUAUAUAGUGUUAGGAUUUAGGCCGUUUGUGAAAACCAUUCUAGCAUUAAUGGAGAAUUAUAGAAUAAAGGUUACAAAUGGAUGGAUAAGACAGUGCGAGCAUCAUUUCACAAACGUUUAAGACUGACGCAGACUAUAUGAAAAACUGUUCCCAGUUCUAACCAUGUAAAUUGAUCUGUGUUCGUGUUUUUUACAGAAAAAAAAAAAUCUUUAACAUCUGUGGACAUUCCCAUUUUUAUUCUUAGCAAGUUAACACAUAGUUUAAGUGAGUCAUCCUCAGGAACCACAAAGUUUACUUUUGACUCUUAGGGACAGUUGUUUACCUAAUCAAAUUACUGUUUUGUGACGGACAGAAAUUAUAUAAGCUGCUGUCUGCCUUUCAGAAUUUUGAGAAAAGCAGAUUUUAUUUGUGCUUCUGUGACAGUUUCUGAAAGCUAGUGAUAAAUAUCAAGGUUGCAAUCAGUGCUUUCAAUUACUUUCUAUUCCAUGACAUUUAUUACUGUUGAAUUAUAGUGUGACUUAGAAAUGGCGGUAACCAAAUGAUUGAUUUUGCUACAAUUUUUAUACCACUGUUUCUGAGAUAGUCCAUCACAAUUCUCUACACUGGUUUCUUUUGAAAAUUUGCAAAGAUGUAUGAAAUAUAUUUUUGUAGAAUAUGACUUUUUUUCCAAAAAGCUCCUUCUUCCCUGUAGACUGCCCCUAAUUUGUAUUUUGAAGUGGUAGAAAUGGAUAUUUUAUUUUAGGAGGCCAGGAACUCUCUAAGCCUCACCACAUGUAAUCCUUUUAUCAAGAGUUUGUAUAAUUGGGGUCUUGGAGCUCACUAAGCUCCAGGAGGGUCUGUGAUGUCCCAGACGCCAGGAACAGGCUGGGUGUGCAGAUAUGAAUAGGCAAGAGUAAAAGCAGCAGAGACAAAGGCAAGGAGGAGGAGGAGAAGGCAUAGCCACAAUAAAGGCUCUGCCAGAAAACUCCUAGCAAAUGCUGUAUGUUCUUGGGAGACACAGUAUUUUCUUCUCUCUCCCAUAGUUUCUGUAACAGCUGGUUUUGAGUCUAGUUAUAACUUUUUCCCAGAGGCAGAUACCCUCUUAAGGUACUUUAGCCACAUACCCUGUAGGCAGAAGUUUGGGCAAAACACUAAUAGUGAUCUUGAACAGUAAGGGCUCUACUUGCCUUUGAGUCUUCCCUUGCAGGGAAUGGGGAGAACAAGCCUGGGGAGGUGGCGGAUGAGUGGCAGUCGUGGCUCCAAAGGGCUAGUAUGGAUGUCUGGUGAUGCUUUCGAGCUUGGGAAAAAGUAUUAUUAGGAAAGUUAACUCAUUAGAUAGAUCUUUAGAUAGAUCCUAAAUGACCACUCUAGGGUAACUUUCUAGCUCAUGUCUCUCUAGUAAACCACUGUGAGGCUGCUGAACCAGACUCGUAGCAAGAGUGUCGCAGCUAGAAAUGACACAGGUCGUUGUGAAAGCAGUGUUCACACCUUUAAUUUUACCAGGGGACAGGCAGAGACCUCUAAUGCCUAGGUCCCUAAACUGUGAGGGGUUACAAACCCCCUUGCAAAUAGUUUUAAAGCUGUGGCCCCUCUGCUCAGAUAUACCCACAUUUUAAAUGCACCUGCAGCGGCCAUGGUAGUCUGUGCGUGAGAGGCUGAGAAGCCGUGCCCUAGAACGGCAAGCCGGCAAGCCACGCGGCACAGAGCGGGGCUCCCUUUGCCCUUGAGAAGCGACUUCUUCCAGCAAUAAGACUCGGCCGUCUGUUUGCUUUAGUUGAGUCAUGUUUGCAUACUUUUGAGUGAACUGUACCUUUUGAGUAACUGCCUUCAUGUUCUAGAGUGAGACUGAGCAAGGUCAGUCAAAGUCCGAGUGGCAGCAGCAGGCCUGGGAUGACCAGGCAGCCUAUGUGGACGGCUGUUUUCUCCCCGGCCACAAGGCGUGGUCUUGCAGAUUCAAGUAAUUGUCUUGGUCUUGCAGAUUCAAGUAAUUGUCUCUGCUCAGCAUGUCUGGAAUAUGGGGAGGGUGGGCGUAAUACUUAGAAAAUGCUUUGUCCUGCUUUACAGCUGUGCUGUGAGAAAGCUAGAAACUUCCAUCUGCAUGGCGGGUCUGGUUUGCAUGAAUAUGUUUCGCUGGAGGAAGCUACGUGUCCACUGCGGCCUUUGUGCUGUGAGAAUUAGGUCAGCCGUGAGAGGUGGAUCCUUAGACACCUUUUAAAAUGUGUCCAUGUUUGGCUUAUUUUGCUUAUUGUCAGUCCGGGGUCCAUUAAACAUCUCUGAAGGUAGGAGUUUUUCUCUACUGCUGUAGCACAAGCUCCUAAAACAGUGACUGGUGUAGACUGGGCAUUCUGUAAAUAUUUGUCCAGCGAAUCAACAAAUUGUUAGGAUAAAUCCUAGUUUGUUGGCAACUUUGAUUUGAUUUUUAAAGGAUAGAUGGUUCCCCUGCAAGAGAAGGCGAUGGGAGGCCCAUUUGGCCCCUUGGUAAAGAGAGGAAUAUUUCCGCAAAUAAAUAGGUUUCCACGUUAAGUAGUGACUGUCCUUAAGCCUUUUAUUGUGGAGCAAGUCGUGACCACUUUCUAAGUGCAGUCCAAGUUCAAUGUUGACUCGCAGUCAUUAGGGAAAUUGAGGUUUUGAAGGUCCUGGUCUCAGCAAUUCCCCAGAAUAAGCCUCUUGAAAGGGGAUGUUGAUUGAAAUGUGCAAUUACCAGUAAUUGAGGUUUUUAUCUGAGGGCACCAAGAUGAAAUGGCUCCUUCUGAGCAAUCAUUGACAUUUUGUCCCUAUUUUCACAAGUAAAGUUGAGACCUUUAAAAAGAUUGACAAAGAUGAUACUGUGUCUUAUGUGGAAUAUAAUAGAUAUUAAUUUGUGAUUGGUUUUCUUGCCUGCUUUAAAUGAAAUGUAUUGUGUUUCUGUGUUCCCCUUUUAGCUGUAAAAAUACUUUGUCACCAAAGCAUGCGGUUUAAUCAGUAAUUGUUCCGCAAGUUCCUGAAAAUUAUGAACGUUCCUUAUGCCUUGAGUGCUUUUUUCCCUGCCCACCAGAGGAGAAAAAUCCUUGCAGAAUUCUACAGGGUUACAAAUGUUCCUUACAAAAACUGAAGCCAUCAGCUCCUCUUU